AUGGAUGGAGGAAUCAAUACUGUAUAUGGUAGUAUUUUCGCACUUGUCAGAGUUGGUUUUUACACUACAGUUUGGUACAAGUUUAUACCUUGUAAUAUAGAUAUUCAACCAGAUCAACUGCUUUAUAUGUCGUGGGAUUACUUUCUCAAUGAGAGUGCUAUUGUACAAGGGUAUACUAAGAUAACACUGCAGGAAACUCAAGAUAUAUCAGAUAUAGUGAUGUCAAUCCGGGGAGAUACUCCUUUUACCUUUGAUGAGAAUAGUUUUAACAAUAUGGCUAUGUUGAAAGAGGUCAUACCACCAGAGGAACCAGCAAUACAAAUACCUAUGGAUAAUAUAGACAGAAAAUGGAGAGUAGGGGUUAGUUUAGGUAUCGUAAUAGCAUUCUGUGUUGCUAUUGGUGUAUUUCCAGACUAA